AUUGGGAUAAACUUGCAUCAGGAUCAUUAGCUGGUCAUAUUAUUGAAUGUGGUUGUCAAGCUACGGGUGGUAAUUUUACUGAUUGGGAGAAAAGCGCAUUUUCUGAACAUGGAGGGUGGACAAAUAUUGGUUAUCCUAUUGUUGAAUGUUUUGAGAAUGGGGAAUUUUAUGUUACAAAACCAAAAGAAACCGGAGGUUUGGUCACUACUGCUACCGUAGAUAGAGAACAAAUGCUUUAUGAAAUUUUGGAUCCUGGAUCAAAUGUUAAAUUGAAACAAAUUGAGAAAAAUAAAUUUUUAGUCACGGGGGCUAAAGGGAGACCUCCUACUGAAUAUCUAAAAGUAUCGGGAAUUUAUUUGGAUGGUUAUAAAAUGACUGGUUCUCUGCUUAUCGGAGGAAUUGAUGCUUGGAAGAAAGCAUCAGUUGUUGGACUUUCAAUUAUUACGAAAACUAACAUGAUGUUAAACCAACUUGGGUUGGGAACUUUUCGUAAUGUAAAUGUUGAACCGUUAGGAGCUGAGCAUACUUAUGGACCUCAUGCAAGAGCUCAUGAUACGAGAGAAGUUGUUUUAAAUCUUACAGCUGCCACUUGUAUGGCUCCCGGUAUUACAGGAGGAGGAUCAGGAAGACCUCAUCCUUCACCAUGCCUAGUACACUUUUCUUGUCUUGUUUCAAAGGGUGUUGUUAUUGCUUAUUUAACAGCUGGCAAUGAUGCGGAGAUAAAAACCAUUCAAUUUGAAGGACCUACAGAUAAUGAUAGUAUUAUACCGCCUUCAUUAUUUAAAAAUUUUGAUAUUGAAAUGGAAAGCAUUGAAAGUAAUGUUAGUGCAAGUGGUGGUACCAUCAAAGUUCCAUUAAUCAGAUUAGCAUGGGGAAGAAGCGGUGAUAAAGGAGAUACCUGUAAUAUUGGUAUUAUAGCUAGGGAGCAAAAAUAUUAUCCACUUCUUAAAAAGACAUUAACUGAAGAG